AUGGCGGUUACCGUCCUACCGGCCAGCUCCUUGACGGAGUCUGUUAAGCAGGCUCUCCGCUCUACGACUACAUGCUCCGACGCUACUGUUUUGUCCCUCACAACACUCCUCCGCGGGUCGCCCAAAGCACCCGAAAAUCCCACGAGACGAACGAAAUCCACCCGCGAACCCGCAUCCACGAGUCGAACUCGCACUGCCCGUACGGUUAAAUCUAAGGCUGGGAGUGAGACUGCGUUGCAAUCGCUUGUUGAUCAUGAUGCUGGCUUGUCGUGUCAGGAGAAGCUGGUUCUUGCUACGGAGGUGUUCAAUGCGACUUUGAAGUCUUUGACGGAGGCUUCGAAGAUCUCGACAGUGAAACGACAGAAUAUAUCGGCUGAUGGCGUCGACGUGGGUAUCAAUUCGGCUGCGGAGUGUGCAAGGCUUGCUUUGUCCACAUUGCGUGCUCUCAAGUCCGAUGCUGGAAAUGGUGAAUUCCCGAAUGUUCAGCUCGAGCAGGGACUGUGUGUUCUUGCUGGAAAGCUUAUAUCUCUGGGUCUGAACGACAUAGCAUACAAAGAGCUCCGAUUCCUCAAGCGGAGAAUUCAACAACAUCUGGACGGUGAAAAUGCUGGGAAGAAAGCCGCGGAAGCGAAGGACUCGACGGACGAAGAAGGAAAGGAACGGAUGUCCGAUUUAUUGACUUUCGCCCAUAUCGCCAAUGCGAAAUCACUCUACGGCUUGAUUGUUCCUUUCCACUCGAAUGUUAUGCGACUGUUUGCUUCGGAUCGACGUGCCUCUACUAUUCAGAAACUCUGUCCUGCUUUGCAGUUAUCCGACUCUAGCAGCCCUGCUCAGGUGAUUCUGGCUGCUUUGAAGACAGGGCAGCUAUCAACCGACAAAGCUGCGCUUCAGCUUCAGCUAUUAUCUAACACUGUUCUCUCCCUUUGUUCAGGGGCAUCGCUAUCAAAAGACGAGACUUCGAAUAAUCUAAAACCAGCCAUUUCAUUAACACUGCAACUGCUUUCUCUCGAGAUUAAAAUUUUGAGCUGGAAGUUAUCAGGUCACACUUGUGAUGAGAGCAAAGAAGUUUUCGAUCCUCUUCUUCGUUACUUCGGCAGCUUUUCCCAUCGAAGCAAGGGAAUUGAGAAGGCCGAGUUCGCCGUCAUCUAUAAGACUGUCACACGCCUACAAACGUCCAUUGCCGAAAUCAAAAAGAAAUCAUCAGAAACGCAAAACGCCACCCAAGCUGCUAAGCUCAUGAAUCUCUUAGGGCAGCUUGCUUUCGAUGCGGGCUGCUUCGACGAGUCCAUGAAACUGUUCACACAAGCCAUCAGCCCCCUCUCGAAAACACAGAGUCUUUCGCUAGCUACGGUUAGAUGUAAGAUUGCGUCCGUCCAAUUCCAGGCGUUGAAGACAUCGAAAAAGAUCUUGGCUGGAGCUUUGGAGUCCAUCUCUGAGGCAACAGGAUCACUAGGGUUGCAAUUAAGAGGCAGUGCGAAUGACUUGGAUGAGCUUCUCGUUGAAGCUGCGAGAUUGAAGAAACUGGCCCUUGCCUGGUUUGGAGAAGCUAUUUCCAAAAUUCUCAGCAGCGAAAAAGAAAAAGAUGAAGCUGCCAGCCAAAUCAGGGAAUACCUGCAGGCAUUCCUCAGGUUCCUCAGACGCUACGUCGGUCGCCAACCUACCGAAGACAGCGACGGAAAGGAAAUUGAAAUGUUCAACAAUCGCGUUGCCAUUGCCAGGAGCAUCAUUCUUGCCGCUGUUGACUCGGCAGUCGCAGUUGGGAAACUAUCUAUCAUGUCCCAAAGACCGCCCUGGGAAGACAUGCUCCCCAUCCUUGGUGACUGCCAUCGCCUGCUCUCAACUAUUCACUCUCCUGAUGAGCAGGACACAGCGACAACAGAAAGCCUGGGCAUGGCACUUGUGAAGCUCUCGAACCUGUUCUGGUCGCGCUACAUCAAAGAAAAGGAAGCUGGACAGGGAUACCGAGAGCUCCUUCCUCUUCUCAAACAGUCUACCCAAUUGCUCUCGGGCUGCUCACCUUCACAGCGCAACACUGCAUUUGCAGCCCUCAAGUUCGAACGAAUGGCUCAUCUGUACAUCGAAGGCAAUAUGUACAAUGAUUCAGAGAAGAUGUUCCGACAGUCUAUCGAGGAAUACAUUCUCUCUGGCACACUGGAACAGAUUGCUAAGAGCAGUGAGGGACUUAACCCCAGUUCACUAAAUCAAGACCCCAAAAGUCCUGGCUUUAUGCUUGGCCGCGUGCUUUCUGCUCUACUGAAGAUGAAGCUGCGCAGAAAGAGCGCACAGUCAUCUACUGUUUAUGACGACACCGAGCUUGAAUUUGAAUCAAGAGGUAUGCUUCUUGAGUGGCAAAUGUACUUGCUUGUCGACAUGCACAGCUACUCCUCCAGCGAAGAAGAGUUCCGCUUGAUGCUGGGCUCUGUUGUUUCCUCCCUCCUCGACCUUUACGACACUAAACUUCAUCCAAUCCGCCAUAUUCGUGUAAUCUUCUCAUCUUUACGCCUUCUACUCGAACUCCCUUCUGCGCUAGAGCCGUCUUUAAUCGAAAAGUUGCUGGAAGAAGGAACGGAAGUUUUGGAGCAAGGUCUACAAAUCGGAAAAGACACCGAUCUCGCUUCUUUUGCCAUCCACAUCAGCAAUUCACUGCGCGUUAUUAUCGGUUUCCACCAUGGCAAGAUUGACGCCAGUGAGCUGGAGGCCACGCUUGGGUCAUGGACUUCUUUGGCUCAAAAAUGCCCUGAUUUGAAGACCCUAAGCCUUUGUGUUAAUGAUACAGAGUACUGGAUCUUGCAGUUGAAGGCCCUGGUCGAUUACACAGAAAUUCACGGUCUCUGGAAGGCUCAACUCUCCACCCUGGAGCUCAUCUUGCGUGCCACAGAGCUCCAAAAAUCAGGAGAUGUCUCCGAUGCGAUCGUCAUUCUCUCCCGCUUGGUACUGCAAAAUUGCCGUCUGGGCUAUUGCCAAAGGGCUGGCAAUUUACUCUCGCGUGGUGAGCAGUAUCUUAUCCAAGCCAAGGUUUCCGCUCUUGCAGCCAUCUCAUACAAAGUUGCUCGGGUGGAAUAUCUCCUGGAAACUGGAGAAAUCGAUAAAGCCGCGUUGGCUUUCUCCGCUGCUCGGUCAUUAUAUGAAAAGAGCCAGAAGUCAGAACUCGAAAACCUGAGUGUCCUGUCCAAGAUCUCUUGGGAGAGAUUGGUAGCAGACGCCGCAUUUGUUCAAUCCCGGUUAUUAUCUGCUCAGGGCUCAGCGACUCAGGCUCUUUACUUUGCGAAAUUGUCCGUGAGGCUGAACUGCCGAAUCUGGGCUAAGGUUGAAAGAAUCGCCCAAAAGAAGCAAGACAAAUUCUUGCCUACUGCGGGACCUUCUGAUGUUGAUGCCGUUGCUGACGGUGUUGCAAAACUUGAUCUAUCCCAGAACGGAUCCAGCCCAGAUGUGUCUGCCAGCUAUAUUCAAGGUGCACCAUUCUGGCCACACCUGGGCUCUCACCAUAGCUGUUUGCUGAACCUGGCAACGUUGUGUGCCCACCAUGGCUUGUUCCAGGAUGCCAUCUAUUAUGGAGAGCAAGCCCUGAAAAUUGAUAGGACACUCGACGCAAAUGCUCGACUUCUCGCAGCACAGACCCAGCUUGGCUGCCAUUCAAUUCUCGGCGGCCACCUGAGCGAAGGACAGGAACAUCUUGCUGCAGCAUCUGAGUCUUCGAAGCAGACAUCGAACAGCAUUGAAACUGUGUCAUUCCAUAUGGCACUUGCAUCUUUGUACAAGACGCGGGGAGAGCACGAUAAGGCACUUCAUGUUCUUCUUGAGGCGGACAAAGUCAUCACAGCGAUCACAUUCGCAGACAAGCCUGCCAGCGUGGAGGCAUCGGCUGUUGCAGAACUUGAAGACAAGAUGGACAAACUGCAGGUUAGGGCAAGCAGCCACCGGGCACCUACACCUCGAACACCUACACCUACUACCACAGUCACCACUCGACGCACGCGCUCGACCGGCUCCGCUGCACGCAAGGCUGCCGCGCCCAAAACAACCAGAAAAGCUCCAGCUCCAAAGCCUAACCUCUCCGAAGCCCAGUCGAAAACCUUACUACAACUCAAGGGUGAUGUUCUAAGACAACAAGCUGAUUGUUUGCGGGAGUUGCGCGAUUUCGAACGAUCUGCGAAAAUGCUCGCUGAUGCCCGACAGUAUGCCGUUUCUCCUGAAAGCAGGAUUACUCUGGAGAUCGGCGAAAGCGAGCAUCUCCUCGCUGAUGCAAUCCGCCGUUUUGCCAGCCAUGCUGUGUACUGCGUCUUGCCUGAAUCUACAAUAUCUCUACCGUCGCUCAUGUCGCCAAGCAAGACGGCCGAUGAGCCCAGUGUGCCUGCAGGGAAGCCUUCCACGCGGAAAACCAAGGCUCCUGCUAAAACUACUCGCACCAAGGCCCAAAAAGCUAGUGAGGAUUUCUCGAUUAUGCUUUCGAAAGCAACCGACUGCCUUGCCGGUGUAUUCUCUGAUGCGACCGUCCUUGGCUCAACGCUUGAUAGCCAUGCUGCAUCUCGCUUGAUGAGCCGAAUCUCUAUGCUCUCGCAUGUCACAUCUUCUGGUGUACCGGCUACAUUGACUCAGUCGCCAGCUAACAUGAAUGAAAUUGGACGUGUUGGCGCAUUUGCCCGGGAACGCAUGGCGAUUGAUAUUGACCGACAACUCGCUGACUUCGCCGACCCCCUUCUCUGGCCGGCCUCUUUCUCAUCGGCUGUCGAGCUGGACACUGAUUUGUGCUCCAACUUCUCCAAGGGCUAUGUGGACAUUCUACCUGAAAGCUGGAACGUCCUCUCCUUGUCUUUGAGUGCAGAUCAAACCGAAUUUGUGGUUUCGCGACUGCAGAGAGAUCGCUCUCCGUUCCUCCUGCGCCUUCCUCUUCACCGAGGAAACUCAGAGGACGACGAAGAAGAGCAAUUCACCUUUGAGGAUGGUAAACAGGAAAUGCAGGAGCUCAUCAAGUUGGCGAACAAGAGUGCGCAUGCUGCCAAGGCUCAAACCGACAAGGCAUCGAAGAAGGAGUGGUGGAAGACUCGCGAGGCGCUUGACAGUCGUAUGGAAAGCGUCCUCCAGAACAUUGAAAACAUUUGGUUUGGAGGCUUCAGGGGUGUAUUCUCGCCUCUCUCGCGAGAGACCACUGCGCUGGUUCGAUUUGCAAGUACCUUCCAAGGAAUCCUAGACAAACAUCUUCCUUCUCGACAGAAGGGUGGCAAGGCCGCAGGUCCCCGACUUACUUUGCAUCAAAACGUGGUGGACUUGUUCAUUGGGCUUCGCGAUCUUGAACAACAAGAAGAGCCCGAGGACACGUUGAUGGAUCUUCUUUACUUUGUGGUGGAUAUCCUACAGUUCCAGGGUGAGCGCAAUGCUUAUGAUGAGAUCGACUUUGACAUGAUGGUUGUCGACACCCUCGACGCCUUGCGAUGCUAUCACGAAGCUGCCCGUGAGGAGCUUGAAUCACGGCCCCCGAGGCAUACAGUUCUCGUUCUCGAUAAAACCCUACACUUGUUCCCCUGGGAAUCUCUUCCCUGUCUUCAGGGAUACCCCGUUUGCCGUGUUCCAUCCCUGGAGUGUCUCCGCGACCGAGUUCUUCAAUUCCGCAGUUCAUCAUCUGGAGCUAUCAUGAACCGCAAAUCCGGCGCGUAUGUCCUCAACCCGACCGGAGAUCUGCGCUCAACGCAAACAACCUUCGAGCAAGACUUUGCAAAGUUCAAGUCUUGGAAUGCGAUCGUGCAGCGCGAACCGACCGAGGAUGAAUUCCGGGACUCGCUAGAGAAGAAAGACCUAUUCCUGUACUUCGGUCACGGAAGCGGUGCUCAGUACAUUCGUGGGCGCACUGUCAAGCGAUUGACCCAAUGCGCUGUUACUUUCCUUAUGGGCUGUAGCAGUGGCAGCUUGACCGAAGCCGGCGAGUAUGAACCCUACGGCACACCCAUGAAUUAUCUUCAUGCGGGCAGUCCGGCGCUCGUUGCUACGCUGUGGGAUGUCACAGAUCGGGACAUUGAUCGGUUUACCACCACCACGCUUGACGCAUGGGGUCUUGUAGAAAAGAAAGACAAGAAGGACCGGGAGGAAAAGGAGAAUGUCGGGCUUGACACGGCCAUUGCGCGGUCUCGGAGCGCGUGUGUGCUGAAGUAUUUGAACGGCGCAGCACCUGUUGUAUAUGGCGUUCCGGUGUUCUUGGAAUGA